GUCUUUAGUUGCGACGUUGACCCAGGCCGCUUGAGCAUGCGCUGUUUCGUUCCCCGGGUCUGAGUGGAAGGUCGCUAUGGGUUUCGAGGAUGAGGUGGUGUUGGCGGGGGGACCUGAGGAAGAAGAGGAAGAAGAAGAAGUUGUGGUAUGAUCCCAUGAUAGCAAUCAGGGAACGGUGUGAGCAGAUAGAAAAGUGUGUGAAACUACGAGAAAUAUUGGAUUCCUGUACAGAACGAGUGAGUUCUCGAUCGCAAACAGAAGAAACCUGUACUGAGGAACUGUUUGACUUUUUGCAUGCCCGGGACCAUUGUGUGGCUGAAAACAUCUUGAGUAAAUUAAAGUGAAGCCCAGUGCCCUAGGAACUCCGAAUGUUUCUUGAUUCAAAUUUUGUGGAUAUUUAGUUACUCACUGAGUAAUAACUGUUUGUGAGAAAUGAAUCCUUUUGUCCAUUGUACAAUGGUUCAGGCAUUGCCUUUGUCAAAUGUUUACUGUUUAUGUGAUUGAAUUUGGAGCCAGUCAUUGUUUAGGUAUUCUUGACAUUAUAAAUAAAUUUAUUGAACUGAAA